AUGCCUGGGGUGGGGCGGGGGAGGGCGAGCGGGCGGCUGCCGCCACCUGUCGGCCGCGUCGCGACACGCGGCCGCCCGUCGCGACAGCGCCGUCGCCGUGUGCCCGCAGGGAUCCUGCACGGCAGCGGGGCGGACUUCGAGUCGGUGGACGAGCUGGUGGAGGCGGUGGGGGAGCUGCUGCGGGAGGUGUCGCGGGACGCCAAGGACGACGGCGCCAUCCGGGAGAUCUGCCAGCGCCUCUUCAACACCCUGCAGCUGGACGAGGGCCGGGCCCAGCGCUGCAGCCAGGUGCUGCUGGACACCCCCAUCCAGCUCUCCCAGAUCACCGAUGGAUACGCAGAUGCCAGCGUGGACCUGCUGCCGGGGCUGUUGCUGAAGAGAGGCCAGACCUCGAUGGUGAAUGCCAAGAAACUGGAGAAGGCGGAAGCCAGGCUGAAAGCCAAGCAGGACAAGAGGAUGGAGCGGGAUUCUCUGAAGUCAUCUGGCCCUCUGGUUCUUGAGGAGGCAUCUGCCAGCCAAGCUGCCAGCAAGAAGGAGACUCGCAUGGAGUCAUCAGGCAAGAACAAGUCGUAUGAUGUGCGCAUCGAGAACUUCGAUGUGUCCUUCGGUGAGCGUGUCCUACUGGCGGGAGCAGACCUGAACCUGGCGUUUGGACGGCGCUACGGACUGGUGGGCAGGAACGGGCUGGGGAAGACCACGCUGCUGAAGAUGAUCGCCAGCCGGAGCCUGCGCAUCCCCUCGCACAUCAGCAUCCUCCACGUGGAGCAGGAGGUGGCAGGGGACGAGACGCCGGCGCUGCAGAGUGUGCUGGAGUGCGACACCACUCGUGAGAGCCUGCUGCGGGAGGAAAGGGAUCUGACGGCUAAGGUUAAUGCUGGCAGGGGAGAAGGGACGGAAGGUGCCAGGCUGUCGGAGAUCUACGCAAAGCUGGAGGAGAUUGAGGCAGACAAGGCCCCAGCGAGGGCGUCCGUCAUUCUUGCUGGGCUGGGCUUUAAUGCAAAGAUGCAGCAACAGACAACCAAAGAGUUUUCCGGAGGCUGGAGAAUGAGACUGGCCUUAGCCAGAGCCCUGUUUGCCAGGCCAGAUCUCCUUCUGCUGGAUGAGCCAACGAACAUGCUGGACGUGAGGGCCAUUUUGUGGCUGGAGACCUACCUGCAGACCUGGCAGUCGACCAUCCUCGUGGUGUCCCAUGACAGGAACUUCCUGAAUGCAGUGGCCACGGACAUCAUCCACCUGCACUCGCAGCGGCUGGACACGUACCGCGGGGACUUUGAGAACUUCAUGAAGAUCAAGGAGGAGCGGCUGAAGAACCAGCAGCGAGAGUACGAAGCCCAGCAGCAGUACCGUGAGCACAUCCAGGUUUUCAUCGACCGCUUUCGCUACAACGCCAACCGGGCAUCCCAAGUGCAGAGCAAGCUCAAGCUGUUGGAGAAGCUGCCAGAGCUGAAACCUGUGGACAAGGAGUCUGAGGUGAUCAUGAAGUUCCCUGAUGGCUUUGAGAAGUUCUCCCCCCCAAUUCUGCAGCUAGACGAAGUAGACUUCUAUUAUGACCCAAGUCACUACAUCUUUCGUUCCCUCUCCGUCUCUGCUGACCUGGAGUCCCGCAUCUGUGUGGUUGGGGAAAACGGAGCUGGCAAGUCGACCAUGCUAAAGAUCUUAAUGGGGGAGCUGGCGCCAGUCAGAGGGAUCAGACAUGCUCACAGAAACCUCAAGAUCGGUUAUUUCAGCCAGCACCAUGUGGAUCAACUGGACUUGAACAUCAGUGCUGUAGAGUUACUGGCAAGAAAGUUCCCAGGGAAGACGGAGGAGGAGUACCGGCAUCAGCUGGGGAGCUACGGCAUCUCGGGAGAGCUGGCCGUGCGUCCCGUGGCCAGCCUGUCUGGAGGUCAGAAGAGUCGCGUGGCCUUUGCCCAGAUGACUAUGUCCUGUCCAAACUUCUAUAUCCUGGAUGAGCCGACAAAUCACCUGGACAUGGAGACCAUCGAGGCACUGGCAAAGGCACUGAAUAAGUUCCGGGGUGGUGUAAUUCUGGUGUCCCACGACGAGCGCUUCAUCCGCCUGGUAUGCCAGGAGCUGUGGGUGUGCGAGAACGCCACCGUGACCCGCAUUGAGGGUGGCUUCGACCAGUACAGAGACAUCCUGAAGGAGCAGUUCCGGAAGGAGGGUUUCCUAUAAGGGAGGCGGGAGCCGGACUGCGCCGGGGGCUGGAGCUUGAAGCUCGGCCGCUUCGGCAUCCAUCCCAACUGUGCCUGGCAGAGCGCUGAGGAGGCUGCUGCCCGCAUGGACCGUCAGCCAUGCCAUCAAACUGCCACCUGAACUGCUCUCCCCUCCCGGGGCCGGGCGGAAGGACAGCGAGGGAGCGGGAGCCCGGUGCUGCGCGUGGCCAGGGGGGCACGCCAGGGGCUCUGCUGCUGGCCGAGGCUGUGCCCGGCGCUGGGCCCACUGGAAAGGCUGUGCCUGGAGCUGCUGCUUUGCCGAGAGGAGGGAAGGGGGUGUUGU